UCAAAUACAAGCCUGGAAUAAAUCUUUAGCACUGUACACAUUUUGAUUAAUCAUUAUAGUCAAUCAAUCGAUUAAAUAAUUAGUUAACAAUUAUAUUUGAAGUCUCAAAUUGUUUUUCGUAAAAGAGUUUUCAUUCGAAUGAAUCUUGAAUUUAUGUUCACCGCUAAGAAGUUAUAGCUAAAGAAAAUCUCGUUUUCUACAGUUUUUUUAUGGAAAUAAAUAACUUUAUUAUUGUAAAUAACUGUAAAUAAUGAUAUGAUAAAUAUCUACCUAUUUCAUCUUUUCGGUAAAAAUAUUUUCUAAACUUACCAGCGAGGAAAUGGUUAAGCUAACGAUUGAGCUAUUUAACAAAACAUUAAUAUAAAUAUGUAUAUGGAGUCGACGAGUACUUUCGUCAAAUGUGAAUUUGAAUCAGAACGCGUCGAUACAAAUCAGUUUCCCACCAUGCAUAACAACCAAGUUCCUCAAAACUUCAAUAAUAACAAUAGUGGACAAUAUGUAGAAUAUCAAACAUAUAUACACAACUCAGAGGAUAUUGGAAGGAUUAAUGAACAUAUGCCGAUGCAGAGAGAAGAACUUCUCGAUCAAAUGCAAUACAACCGAACUAUUAAAUCAGAAAAUGAAUACACUUCAUUACACACUAAUAACGACCAAUUAAGUCAUGUGGAAGGAAGCAAUGAAUCGGAUUUGCAAACGGCUGAAUAUGAUGACAUACCUAUCAUAGUAAACGGAAAAUAUUUCAAAAUUGUUGAAGAGAUGAAUGCUACUGAACAUCAACGGGUGACACGGGGUGUUAUAGCUGUAUGUCAACAUUGUCCACGUGAAAAGGCAAGAUCGAUACAAGGGUCUAUGCGAAUAACAUCGAAUUUUGUGCGUCAUUUAAAAACGCUGCAUCCAUUAAAAUACGAAGAAUUCAUUAUUGAAAGACAAAAUCAUUCGCGCACACCUAGAGGAAGACGCGGACAAAAGAGAAAAGCAUCCCAACUUGGGGAGGGACAGACUGGAAAUAACUCAAGAGCAGAAAGCUAUAUGGAUGACGAUACUAAUGUACAUAGUCCAGAGGGUGCUUCUCCAUAUUUGGACGAGACCCAACCAAGCUCGGCAAAUAACUCAAAUAAUUUGGAUAACACUGAAUUGUAUUCAGCUGAAUCCAACGAUACCCACAUAUCGGAGGAAAGCGUGGAGAAAAAAAGCACGACCGGUGCAUGCCAAUUAGCAUGUGAUCCAAAUGAAAUUCCUAUAAUAUUAAAUGGCAAAUAUUUUAAAAUUGUCGAACAGGAUAUGAGUAGCAAUCGUGCUUCCAUUAGCGUUGUAGCUGCUUGCCAAUUCUGUGACGCUGAUAAAUUUGUGAAAGGGCCGCUCAGAGUCACUUCAAAUUUUGUACAACAUUUACGUUCACGCCAUUUUAAAGAGUAUAACAUGUAUUUGCAAGAGAAAUUCAACAGCAGUAGCAGAUGCCGACGAACGCUUAAUCGACAACCAGCGCAAUUACCGUUUGUGGAAAAAGUUUUGAAUUUUAUUUUAACAUCUAAUGUACCAGUUUCGGUGUUAGAAGAACCAUCUUUCGUGGAACUUUUUCGUGGUACUGGUCUAACAAUGUGCUCCUGUACGCAAUUACUUGCUCGCUUAGAUGAUAUGUAUGGUGGGUUCGUAGAGAAUAUUAAGCGUAAUUUGGAGGAUAUACCGUAUAUUUGUGCUGCCGCUGAAAUUUGGAGCAGUCGCAAUAAACACUAUUUUGGCUACAGUAUUUUUUGGUUAGAUAAUGACUUAAAACGUCAGAUCGCCAUUUUAGCAUGUACUAAGCUGAGUGACACACCCACUUACAAGGAAAUUCAGGCGCUAAUAACGCAAAUUCAAAACAAAUAUGAUUUGAACGAGGAAAAAAUCACUUGUAAUGUUAUCAAUGGAGUGCACGAUUUCGUACAUACCUACCAUCAUUUCAGUAUGAGCAGUAUUUGCACCGAUUACAUUAGCGACGAAUUCAAUAUUUCCUUUAGCAAUGCUGAACAAAUUCUAAAUCAACUUCCAAAGCAAUUUAAACACGGCGAGCACAGCCUGCAUUUAUUGGCAGUGUUUGAUUUCACUAAAAUAAUGGAGUCCCAUGGAAAAUUUCAGCAUGUCUUAACACGUUGUUUAAUUUUACUAAACAAAUGCAGAGAUUUCGAAGUUAAUGAAAUUGCGGGAUAUUUAUUCGAAGGCCAUACACCACCAACUGAUGUACGCUGGCCAACAUGGUAUGCAUCGUUAACACAACUUCUCAAACAAAAACACAAAAUAGACGAGUUAUGCACUUUCUUGAGCCUACCGAAAUUAAGCCAAAUCGAGUUAGAAUAUAUGGAUGACUUUUGUGUAAUACUCAAACCAAUAGCAGAUGCCGUAGAGUUUUUGCAGCAAGACAAUUAUUUAUAUUUUGGUUAUUUUCUACCCACUCUGAUUACCAUUAAGGUUAAAUUAAAAAAAAUUCAUGAAAGCAGACAUAUAAAACACUUGCAUACAGUGGCACAGCAAAUGAGUGAUGCCUUAUUACGUCGUUUAAGGAACUAUUUUGAGAUUAACACUGCAUUUAAUGACGCCUUAAUUGCGGCUGUAGUUUGUCCAGCCAUUAAAAUGCGUUUUGUAGAAGCUUUGCGUGAGACAGCACCUAGUAUAACGACGGAUAUGAUAAUGCAGCUGUUUGUGGACUAUGCACAAGAGUUCUAUAUAGAUAAGGUACAGACGGAAGAUGUGAGAGAGCAGCGCCCGCCUUCCGUAAAUUCAUUCCUCUGCUUUAAUCCGGAUGAAAAUGAAGAUCCACCAUCAGAUAAUAAACCAUACGUCGCUAUACGCCGAGAAUUCUCAAGUUAUUUGCACGAUGAUGAUAAAAGUCUAUCUUGCUUAAAUAGAUAUCAACUGGUGAAAAAAGUUUUCCAAAAAUAUAACACUAUGCCGCCCAGCUCAAUGGUGUUGGAAAAAUUGUUCCACACAUUUCUGAAUGUGAUCAAUACACAAAAAGGACAACAUCUAACUGAUGAACAUUUAGAGCGACUUGUGCUAACUAAAGUGAAUAAAAUAUUAUAAAAACUAGUUAAUAAAUAAAUUGAGUUAAUUAGAUUUAUUUGUAUACGUUUAAAAUGUAUUACUUUAAUAAAAUUUUUAUUAUUUUUUACCGAAUGUUAAUUUAAAUUUUAAAAAUAAAUUUAUAUGUACAAACAUA